GACGUCUGUUUGGUCAAGUGGUCAGAUAGAUAUAGGGGUGGAUGCAAGACAGUAUAACUGCAGACAACUGGUCCAGUUGACUCCAGUCCUUCAUUUCUCUCUACAGGAAUCUUACUAACAAAAGAUGAAGCUGACAUUAGCUCUCAUUCUUGCACUCCAAGUGUCGGUGUGUGUGUGGGCAGAACCCAUACCAGCGCCAGACAAGGAGUUAGUGGAGAAAUAUGAGGGGCUGAAGGCCGUAUUCUUCAAAAGGCUUGUCAACGCCUACACUAAGUUCGUAGCUGCUGUCGAACCAUUGAUGGAGAGCUCACCAACAGGAAAAUUAGCCAAAGAGACCAUGGAUGAAAUCAAGAAACGCCCAAGAGUGGAAAGCGCCAUCAAGAUCCUCACCGGUUUGGGCUCAGAGCUGCAGCCUGUUGUGGAUAACGCUCGGUUGAGUCUUCUUGGUGCUUAUGGCUACUAUCUGAGACCCUACAUUGGUGAAACCCUGGACAACGCCAUCAACAACAUCAAGCCAGUCCUGAAUACCAUCAUGCCUGCUGAGGAUUAGUUAUUCUUAUUAUAAGUUAACACCUGACUCUGUCAGAUAGGAAAGAUCAUCCGAGCCAUGUUCAAUUUAGACUUAUUUUAUAUAUGCAGAUAAUAUGUAUUAAACAUGCAUUACAUCAUGCAUUUCCACAGCUAAAAUAAUUGGAUCCAAUUCUAAAUGAAACUGCAAGGCAGGUAGCUGCGUGUCCAGCCCAGCUAUUAUGUCAAUGCAUUUUUUGCGUGUAUAUACUGUAUCUGUGCAUUUGAUACUGUUCUGUUCAUUGCAAGAAAGAAUAGCAUCCAGUCCAGCAUUAAUAGAGUUAUGAGUAUUGUGUGAUUUUGUGAGACUCAAAAGUAAACAAAAAGACUCUAAAUAAAGAUCUCUGGAUAAUGCAAA